AAUCGAGGACAUGGAGAUGGAGGGAAGCAGUAAAAUCACAAACACUCGCAACCUGAACGAUCUGCCGGAGGACCUCCUCCUCCAUGUCCUCACCUUCUUCCCCACAUUAAACUCCGUCUAAACCUCCCUCAUCUCCCACAAAUGGCUGCCCCUCUGGUCCCGCGUCCCCUCCCUCAACUUCAACUUCCAACUCUUCCCGCCCUACGAGCCGCCGUUGGACACCCGCCAAUUGUACGCCGAUUUCGUCGACCGCGUUCUCAUUUCCCGCUCCGAUUCCCCGAUCCACACAUUUCGCCUCUCUCUCAUCUACCACUAUCACUACCGCUACCAUGUCGACUCCUGGGUUCGAUCCGCCGUCACUCGCUUCCGCGCCCGGGAGCUCUACUUCGACUUCUUCAUCAACCAAAAUUUUCACAACGCCGACGAAGCCGAAACUGAGGAUCACCACAUGUACGAUUUCCCAUUCUCUGUUCUGAGAAAUGGGUGUGUUGAGAUAUUGAGCCUCACCAGGUGUUAUCUCAAUCUGCCGGCGAAUUUGUCCACCAUGCGGUUCCGGUCGAUUGCGUCAAUGGUUCUCGAUGACGUUUAUUUGACGGACCAGAUGGUGGAGGAUUUGCUUCUGGGUUGCCCCAAUUUGGAGGCUUUCGAGAUUCUUGGGUGUCGCGGGCCAAUUCAUUUGAAGAUAUGCAGCAAAGGGCUCAAAAGGCUGCGAAUUGUAUUGGGGUAUUAUUUUCCUGAUGAUCCUGAAAAGAGACAGACAUUUUUGGUUGAUUGCCCCAACAUUUGUUCGAUCAAUUUGGAUCUUUGUGCCUUUGAGGAGUCUACUUUUAAGAAUGUUUCUUCCCUGGUUGAGUUUCGUGCCGAUUUCGUGCACCGAAUCCAUCAGUCUUAUCAUCAGUGGAGUAAGGUUAUUAGGGUUCUCGAACAAGCGCCUAAUCUUAAGAUUCUCAAUGUGCAAAAUUGGUGGUUUAAGUUUCUGACAUCAAAGGAUACAUUCCCCAAAAGUUUCAUGCUCCACAACCUGACGGUCUUAGUGCUGCGAACGCGGUUUACCCAAUAUGAUCUCGUUGGCAUGGCUGCAAUGCUUAAACUUUGUCCCAAUCUCAAGACACUGAUUCUCGAAUUCCUUUUCAAGGUGGAGAAAGAUGAGAGUUUACCAGAAGAGUUGUUAGAUAAACCGGUCGAGUUCAACAUGCCAUGUCUCAAGCAAGUAACAAUGGAAGCUUAUACUGGGAGCGAAGACGAUGAUAAGUUUAUGAAAAUCUUGAUGAGGCAUGAAGGCGCCCUAGAAAAGAUUGUAGUUGUUCCCUUCCAAGGUUUCGAGAAUGGCGAGAAGAAGUCGCUUCCUCCGGUGGUAUAUAGAAGAAGGGUCUCGCAAGUUGGAAGUACGGUCUCCUCCGCAGCACCAAAUGGUAUAUAGACUCCGAGCUUUAAAUGGCGAGUUCUAAGCAGAUUUUCUAGUUGAAAAAGAGGCUUUGCCGCCCAUUGAAAAAGAGACUUUUAGAAUGAUUUUGCGGCAUAUUUUUUCUUUUUCUUGAGCAAGUUAAUAUGCUGAAAUACGAAUCUCAACUAAAGCUACAAGCCGGUUUGGGAUUGCUUUAAAUGUGGUUAAAAGCAUUUUUUAUAAGAGAACAUUUUUUGAA